ACGUGUUAGCAAUCAUUGUAGGGCUAGUCAAGACAGGGUGAACCUAUCAAUCAACAUCUUCCACAGCUCAGCUCAGGGGCUUUAAAAUUCUUGGGGCAAACCGAGGAGGUUUCAAUCAGAUUAAGACCUACUUGGACAAAUGACUAUGUCGCGGUAAGGUCAUCAUUGUUAACGAUGUGUCUGUAAAGGAGAGGAAUUAUUCUCUAGCCUCACAGAACACCUGAUACACCGUUGUGUUAGAUAGUUAGUCUGAAACUGUAUAUCAUGCCGCUGUAUUCAUUCAGGAGUCCAGUUGCACGAGGCGUAUUUGUUACAUACCAUGCGUCGACCACGUCCGGGCUUUCCAAGGUUCCUCUUGACGUUCUGACGUCUUCGAGUUUUGGCGGGUCGCCAGGGGGAGACGAGAACACGAGCGUUGGGCCAAUCGGAAGCGGGGACGUUCUUCCGCCGAGCCAAUCGGAACCUCUCAUCCGAGGCAUGACGGGGUCUGUUAUCAAGUCCUGCAGGGCGGGCGUCGUGGCACUAAAUACAAAACUGCCGGUUCGCCGGUCACAGUUCCUACAAUCUGCCACCGCCUGCCUGCCCGUCCAGUAGGGCUGCCACUGUCAUCGCUGAAAGAAAGAGGUGCUCCCGCCACAAGCAGCGGGUAUAGGACGAGGGAGGGCAGGUUAGGUACCGAGAACACACCCAGGAAAAAAGCUACAAGACUUCUGCUAAAGAUGUUUAGACGCUUUACUGAUGUCCUCGCUAUGCUGUGCCAAUUGCUGCUAAUUGCUGCGACAACUUGUACUGGAUACGGUUUGGAUGGCCCUGGAGAGAGAACAUUCCAUUUUCCAGACGAGAAGCAAGGAAAUUUCGCCGAUGGUCUGAGUAGUUACGAUGUUGUGCACCCCGUGAGAGUUUCUCCAGACGGAGAGUUCAUAUCGCACAGAGUCGUGCACAGCGAGCAUCACCACCUCCACCGACGGGGGGCAGGCGACCAAGGGCGCCCCUCCUCUUCUCAAGCAGACGGGCUUCACUACAAGGUCACUGUGGACGGGGUUGACUUGCACCUUGAUCUCCGACUGAACCCGGCCUUGUUGGCCCCCGGGUACGUCCUGGAACGACAUCGGGGAAAUGUUUCACGGGCAGCCGUCACCCGCGGCCCGACCAACUCCUGUCACUACGUGGGUACCGUCCCCACCUCCAGGGACUCAUCCGUGGCCAUCAGCACUUGCAGUGGAUUGCGAGGCUUGAUCAGGACAGGGAAGGAUGACUACUUUAUCGAGCCAGUCCGCGGACACAAUGUCUCUGCUGCGGAGAAACAUCCUCACCUCAUCUACAAGCGCUCUGCCCUGCCUAAGGAGAACCAACCUUCCUCCUCGCCUGUAUAUGAGGGAGAGCACUCGGACUUCUGUGGGUUGGAAGGUAACAGACAGAGGGACGAAACCAGAAGAGAACGAUGGGAAAAUAAGCAUCACAAUCAUGGCGGCGAACAACACGGCAGCCGCGCACGCGCAAAACGGUCCGUCAGCAAGGAGCGGUUCGUGGAGACUCUGGUAGUGGUGGACAAGAAGAUGGUGGACUACUACAAGGACGACGACGUCGAGACUUACGUACUUACACUUCUAAACAUGGUGUCCAGGCUCUACCAUGACCCGUCCAUAGGGAACCUGAUCAAUAUUGUGCUAGUGCGUCUGAUGCUACUGGAGGAGGAACCAGAGGAUUUAUCCAUCUCUCACCACGCCGACCACACGAUGUCCAGUUUCUGUAAGUGGUCGAAAAGCAUCAACCCUAAGGACGAGGUGCACCCCAACCACCACGACGUGGCCAUUCUUCUGACAAGGUACGACAUCUGUACAGGUAUGAACGAGCCGUGUGGUACGCUGGGGUUGGCUCAGGUGUACGGCAUGUGCCAGCCGCACCGCAGCUGCAACAUCAACGAGGACACGGGGCUGGCUGUGGCCUUCACCAUGGCGCACGAGAUCGGACACAAUUUCGGCAUGAAGCACGAUGACGAGAAGAGCGGCUGUCAGACGCCUCCCCACCAGCGGCCACACGUCAUGUCUCACCUGCUGACCACACAGACCAGUCCCCUGGCAUGGUCCAACUGCAGCAGGGCCACCAUCACUACGUUUCUAGACCGAGGAUGGGGUAGUUGCCUGGACGACCAGCCGUCGGAGCACGACUUCACGUUCCCCACCCUGCCGCCCGGCAUGAUGUACGAUGCUGACCACCAGUGCCGCCUGCAGUACGGCCCCACCGCGUCCCUCUGCUAUGGCAUGUCGGACGUCUGUAACACGUUAUGGUGUAACGUAGUGGAAACCAACGCCUGUCACUCUAAACUGGAGUCCGCUGCUGAGGGAACCCGCUGUGGUCACAACAAGUGGUGCAACAGGGGCAACUGCGUGGCCGUAACAGGAGCGCCCCCUGUCGUAGAUGGAGGGUGGGGCACGUGGUCCGAAUGGUCUGACUGCACCAGGACGUGUGGAGCUGGCGUGCAGCAUGCGAUCAGAAGCUGUGACAGCCCAAGACCAUCACAUGGCGGACGGUUCUGUUUGGGACAGCGCAAAAAAUUCAGGCUGUGCAACGUUGAGGCCUGUCCUGAUGGUGAAAUCGACUUCCGGGAGUGGCAAUGUCAGAUGCACGACGAGAAACCUUUCAAGGGCAACUAUUACAGCUGGGUGCCAGUCGCAUAUCCCCAGUAUCCGUGUGAGCUCCACUGUAAGCCGGAAGGGAGUUUCUUCUCCGCACGACUGGCAGAGGUCGUGAUAGACGGGACCCCGUGUCGCAAAGCAUCGCGGGACGUCUGCAUCGACGGAAUAUGCAAACCUGUGGGCUGUGACUUCAUCCUGGGCUCUAACGCCACGGAGGACCGAUGCGGGGUGUGCAGCGGAGACGGAACCUCCUGUGAGACCAUCAAGGAGUCUUAUAACGAGAAGGAAGGCAGAGGUUACGUGGAAGCGACAGUUAUCCCGGCCGGGGCGCGUAACAUCCGUGUGGAGGAAGUGGCUGAGGCCAACAACUUCCUGGCACUCAAGGGGCAUGACGGGGAGUACUAUAUCAACGGUCACUGGUUCAUACAGUGGACGGGUGAGUACGAGGCGGGCGGCACGACAUUCCGGUACGAGCGCCAUGGCAACAGGGAGGUGUUCACCGCGCCCGGGCCCACCACGGAACAACUGCACAUCAUGCUGCUGUUUCAGGAAAAGAACCCAGGCGUCGUUUUUGAGUACACCAUUCCGCGGGAACAGAACGACACGGACGGAGAGCCAACAAGAGUCCCAGACUUCAGCUGGGAGUUCAGCGACUGGACGGAGUGUACCGCCACCUGCGGGACAGGCACACAGAGAUCCAGGGUGAUGUGUGUGGAGAAAGAAGCUGGGCAGGUCGACCCACGAUUCUGCAAUGCGACCAACAAGCCCGACGACAAGCUUCGAACAUGUAACGAGGAUCGGUGUCCGUCAAGGUGGUGGACAGGUCCCUGGCAACAUUGCACGGCGUCUUGUGGCGAUGGCGGGACCCGGACCAGGUCGGUCCUGUGUAUCCGCAGUAUCGGGCCGGACGAACAGAUGGCGCUGCCGUUCGUGGAGUGUCUGGCGCUCCCCAAACCUCCUCACGAAGAGACCUGUAACAAGGACGUCCCCUGUCCCUUUUCGAAGUGGAUUCCCGGUCCGUGGUCAGAGUGUUCAAAGAGCUGUGGCGGAGGCAUCAAGAUACAAUCACUCACGUGCAAGGACAAUGCCACGUGCGACCCUGACGUCAGACCCAAGACUGUUCUAUGCAACAUUCACGUCUGUCCCCCGGACCCCACCACGAAGAGCACCACAGCAGACAUUAGUACAACAGACUACAUCACAACAGAGCCAGAGAACACGCCACUGCGAGGAACAACGCAGUUUCUACCUACAGGGAAAGUUGGAAAGUCAAGAGAAGAUAACAGUCUACAUGAAAGCGAAAAGAAGAGAAAUUACGGCCAUGAGAACAUCAUUACGAGAUUCAGGGCUUUCAUGAUGGGUGAUGAUGCUCACGUGGAAGAUAAACCGUUCCUUAAGCGUUUGCCGCCUUCAAAGCCAGAAAGCAGUUCUGUCGCACAUACUAUGAAAUCACAGACAGAGGCGACAACUCCGAUAACCACGGCUACACUUACGCUUGGUACUCUGUCAGGGGAAAAGCAAGUAAUAACGUCUUGGUCAAGUCUAAGAGCGAUGUCAAGUACUCCAGUCAUUGUGGACAGGACUAAUGAUCCUUCCAAAGUUGCCAUGGUGCGAACAGAACUCCGUUUAAAAACAGAGACACCUACCACAUCACCGACCACUGUGUUGACAGAACGGAUUUCUACUCAUCCUCAAAUGGCUACUCAAGCCACCGCUGCAACUUUGAGCGUCACGGUCAGUAACGGCACGGUGCGACAUCGUCACGAAAUGCAUAGCUGGGUGACCGGAAACUGGUCAGAAUGUUCCCAGACUUGUGGGCAUGAUGUGCAGGAGAGAGACGUGACGUGUUCGCGGCCACAUCAGUGUGAACACAGCAAGAAGCCCAUUCAGCAGAGGCCAUGCUUCGUCCGGCCGUGUGCACUGUGGGUCACUGGUGGAUGGAGUGAGUGCUCAGCGUCCUGUGGAGGCGGACAGCAGAGGAGACAGGUGCAAUGUCAGGAUUUGGUCACUAGGAGGCGCAGCCAGGGCUGCGACAAACGACGGACACCUGCCAACGUGCAACAGUGCAAUCUGGAGGACUGUCCCUCUGAAAAUUCAGCCCAAAGUAGAUGUACAGGUGACCUGAACAGACCGCACCUGUGCAACAUCGUGGUCCGGUUCCGCAGGUGUCACAUGCCACAAUUCUGGGCCAAGUGCUGCAAGAGCUGUGGGGACCCAGUCGUCAGCCACAGAACACACCGGCAAAAGAGAACUAGCCAAUGAAAAAGCCUAACGCAAUGUCAUAAUGCCAACUGUAAUCGUUCUUAUUGUUGAAUAUGUCUUAGCAAUGUCUCCUCUCUAACUACGUAAGUGUUUAGGCUAGCCUUGCAGUGGCGAUACUGGCUGCUAUGGUAUUAUAUUUUGGCAAAUGUAACCAUAUCAUGAAACCCAAUUAAAAUGUAUAAUGUAAAUACUGCUGAUCACAGCUGGACAGUUGGAAUCGGACAUUGUUCGUAGAAAAUCGUUGAUGGAGAAACGGUAGGCGAAGGAGGUCAUUACCAAGCCAUAACCAUGAUUGAAGAGGGCCAAACAUAUCAUACAAGGAUGCCUUUAAACAUUUUCGAAUCCAAUGUUUAUUUAUUGCUCGUUUUCAUCCCGAAUCUGUCAUGAAAAAUAAGCAAUUGUUGUAAAUUUUUGUCUGUACAUAUCUGGCUCUUGAAUUGACCAAUUUUCGUAGGCUAUUCUUCUGUUUCAUAUCCAAGGGAUUUCAAUGAGUAACACAAGUGAUUCGUAACGAAUCUUAACGUAAGAAAACAAAACAUCAUGUAUCUAAAGUGUUGCAUCAAUCUCUAUUGCAACAAAAGUAAUGGACGCUUUGCUUGCCUUGUUGAGGUAUUUUAUCACUAGGAGAGAUCACAUUACUGAAACAGAGUCACGUAGAGCACACAUUGAAACUGUAUCACAGUAGUACUGCCAUCAGUACACGUGUUGAGCAUUUGUUAUUUCUGACUGUAGUACGAUAAGCACGUCUGUUAACCAUAAAAGGUACUGCUCUUUUUUAUUCUGUCACAACCAACUUUCACUAAACGCGGCAAAUAAAUCAACGUAUUUUCGUACAAAUUCAAUGUGUAUGUCCUGUGAUUAAUAAGGCAAUAGGACAGUGGUAAAAUGGCACACUAUGGUGUAAGGAAGAUAACAUCAAUAUGAUAUAUCAAAUGAGACACAAUUUGACAACUUAAGUUCAUGCAUUGAGGUAUUUGUACAUGGGCGAUUUCUCGCUUUUUUCACUUUCCCCAGCAGCCACCUUUCAUUGCGACGAUUAUUCAGACGAUUAUUCAGACGAUUAUUAGAGACUUCAUCUACCAUUUCGCACGACGUUUUGUGAGGAGACAACACAGAGCAACAAACAACAACCUUUGAGUGGCAAUAUUCAGAAAAUCAGCUUAUUUCUCGAGAAGCCAAAAAUGUGUACAGGAAGAGAUG